AUGGUAGCUGUGAAUACUACAACCAGUGCCAAGCGACAACCAGCUACGAGUAGCAAUGGUGAUUCUUCGUCUUCUUCCAGCAAAAGAACGAAACUGACUCGCAUUGGCGCUGGCAUGGCCGGAUUCUUGGGUCUGUACGCGUUAUUGAAUUUCUGUUUGUUUCCCAAGCAACGCAAAUUGGUGGUCCCGUCCGGAGUCCAUUUACUGAAUGCCACCACAUUGUUGGACGUGGAUCACCACCAAAACAACGGAGAUGACGACGAUGUCUGUUUUGCCUAUGACGGAAUUCUGCUCAUUUCCUAUGCGGACGAAGAUGGCUUUGCGACGGUCUUUUUUCUGUAUAUUCUCAAUCAACUGCUGUACGCGGAAAAACACAAUCUACUGCCUUGGAUUCAUUUAGAUAGUCAGACCAGUAUACAUGUCUACGACGAACAAGAACAUGGAGGCGAAGCCGUCAUGCAAGUCACAGUCCUCAAUGGACUCGAAUGGGACAAUUACACAGAUCCACACAAUGGACAAACCUACGAAUAUCCAGGAACACCCAUUCUCAAUUACAAACAUCCCAAGAGUACUUCCACCGAUGUCACUAUUGAAGGGACGGGAAUUUGGAACUCGUAUUUCGAUCUGCCUUCGAGAUUGCAUCCUCUGCGACACUUGCUUCAUCCAUCCACUUCUUCUUCAUCUUCCUCUUCUUCUUCCUGUCACAUCAAACCCAUUUUCCAAUUGUCACUCAAACAGAUUGAACCAUCGCUCAUGGUAUUCUGUCCCUACUGUGUCCGCGCAUGGAGACGCAAGAGUACGCCUCCGGUACUCGCGCAAUGGAGUUUGCCGUAUCAACAAUGGUUCGAUCCCAUGCGACGUCGUGCCCACGGCAUUAUUCGGCGUCAUUAUCGACCGACGGAGCAAAUGACACGAUUGGCUCAUCAAGCCAAUCCCGUCGUCACGGCACAAGAAGAUGCCUGUCUGGCACUCCACAUUCGCCAUUCCGAUAAAGCCGAUCGACGCAUGCCCAUUGCACUCUCGGAAUUUCGGCCUUAUGUGGAGGAAUAUAUCAACGCUGCCGUCUUUGUCGGGACCACCAUUGCCGUCUACGUCGCCACCGAUUCCAAUCAAGUGUUGCGGGAUAUUCAAACCGAAUGGCCCGUCACUUUAUCGAGUUAUGUUCGCUUUCAAAAUCACGUCCUGCGAUCCGACAAUACCACGGCCGUAUUUGCCAUGCACAAUGUGCAACAUCAUAACACCAAUACGGAAGUACUGGUCGAUAUAUUGGCCAUGGCCGAAUGUGAAUUCAUGGUCCAUGGCAUGAGUGCCGUCACCGAGGCCGUGCACUACCUAAACUUGAAAUUGCACAAUCAAAGUGUCAAUCUCGAAGAAGAGGAAAUGACCAUGGCCAGAUCCAACAAGUACAUUCACAAACGAAAGCCUACCAUGACACCCAAUGAAUUUGGAACAAUGGUACGGAAACGAUUGUACGAAAAGCGAAAAGCCGCCAAAGCACAAAACGAAGACGCCAGUGUCAAACAAGGAGGAGAACAGCAAGAUGAUAAUGGAGAAGCACAGCAACCAUAA